AUGGGUAAUUCGGAUCUCUCCAUGAUUCUUCCAAGGGUUCUCAUCGUCUCCCGACGAACUGUCCGCAAGAACAAGUUUGUUGAUUUUGUGGGAGAAUACCAUCUAGAUCUCAUUGUAAGCUAUGGAGCGGUGCCUGUGAUUGUCCCCAGAGUGAGUGGAGUCCACACUCUCCUUGAAAGCUUUGAGCCUAUCCAUGGAGUUCUUCUCUGCGAAGGAGAAGAUAUCGACCCAUCACUUUAUGAUGCAGAAUUGUCCGGUUUGUCCCCUCAAGAACUUGAAGAAAUCAGAAAACUGCACGCAAGUGAUACCUCCAUCGAUAAAGAGAAAGACUCCAUUGAACUUAGACUAGCAAAGCUUUGCCUUGAAAGAAAUAUACCAUACAUGGGAAUAUGUAGGGGAUCACAAGUCCUCAAUGUUGCUUGUGGGGGUACCCUUUAUCAAGACGUAGAGAAAGAAAUCUCAAAGCAAUGCCCUGAGGGUAAAAGAGUGAGUCAUAUGAACUAUGAAGAUUAUGAUGGGCAUCGCCAUCCGGUGCGGGUGGUGGAAAAUACCCCUUUGCAUCACUGGUUUAAGGACUCUUUGGAAGAUGAUGAUGGAAAAAUGGAAAUCAUGGUGAAUAGUUAUCAUCAUCAAGGUGUGAAGAAAUUGGCUCAGCGAUUUGUUCCCAUGGCUUUUGCUCCAGACGGUUUGGUUGAAGGGUUUUAUGAUCCUGAUGCUUAUCGUCCUGAAGAGGGUAAGUUCAUCAUGGGUCUUCAGUUUCAUCCUGAGCGAAUGCGGAACCCAGAUUCUGAUGUCUUUGAUUAUUCAGGAUGUUCAUCAGCGUAUCAGGAAUUUGUGAGAGCUGUAAUUUCUUAUGAGAAGAAGCUUAAUUGCUCAUCAUCGUGUUUGCCAAAGGCUCCAAAGCUUAAUCAGGAACAGGAGAAGAAGAGACAGAUUAUUCUAAGAAGUUUUUCAAUUGCGAAAAACGUGUAUUCCGGGCGUGGGAGUGGGAUGGUUUCAAGCCCAAAAUCCGAACUUGAAGUGGGAGCUGAGUUCCUGGAGGCAAAUACACCAUUAAGCUUGCAGCAAGAGAACAGGCUGAAACAGAUGGGGGCGACAGUGAGGAAUGCUAAGUUGUACAUGGAGAGGUUGAAGAUGAAUGAGGAAAAGGAAAGAGUGGCAAGGAUCAUUAUGGGGAAGAUGUCAAUAGAACAGUUAUCAGAUUUGAUGUCCACCUACCGCAUGAUGGGCCAGAUAUGUUCUGAGCUUUUAGAGAAAAAGCUUCAAGAUCUGGAUAUAGAAGAUAUCUGA